AUGCAUAUACACCACAUCUCUUUCUUGGCGGCCUUGGCUGGCGCCAUUCAGCCUGCCGUGGCUGUGCCUCACUCGCCGAGGGCCCAGGAGGGCCAAUGCAAGAAGACUACGGUUGCCAUUCUUGGAGGUGGAAUGGCUGGUAUUUCCGCCGCUCAAGCCUUGCACAAUGCCUCGGUACACGACUUUGCCAUCCUCGAGUAUCGGGAUACCAUUGGUGGCCGCGCGUGGCAUGUCCCCUUCGGCGAGGACAAAGAUGGCAAGCCCUACACCAUUGAGAUGGGUGCCAACUGGGUCCAAGGUCUUGGAAACCCGGGUGGGCCUCAGAAUCCCAUCUGGACCUUGGCCCAGAAGUAUCAUUUGAAGACCCAUUACUCCAAUUAUAAUAACAUCUCGACCUACAACGAGCACGGUUACAAGGACUACAGUCAUCUUCUGGAUAAGUACGACGAUGCCUAUGCUAUUGCCAGUGCAAAGGCCGGCGAGAUUCUGUCGCAGAAUCUCCAGGACCAGACGGCUCAGACUGGUCUUGCUUUGGCUGGUUGGAACCCAAAGAAGCAUGACAUGGAGGCUCAGGCUGUUGACUGGUGGAAAUGGGACUUUGAAGACAACUUUACCCCACUGGAGAGCUCUCUCGUCUUCGGCUGUGCAGGCGACAACCUGACUGAAAACACCUUCAGCGACCACGACAACUUCGUCACCGACCAGCGUGGCUUCAACAUCCUCAUUAAGGAAAUGGCAGCCACUUUCCUGAAGAAGGAUGACCCUCGCCUGCAUCUGAACACCCAGAUCGAGGAAAUCGAGUACUCCAAGAACGGAGUCACCAUCCACAACAAGGACGGCAGCUGUGUAAGCGCAGCUUACGCCAUCUGCACCUUCUCCCUCGGUGUCCUGCAGAACGACGCCGUGAAAUUCACCCCCAAGCUCCCGGACUGGAAGCAAGUAGCCAUCCAGAAGUUCACAAUGGGCACAUAUACCAAGAUCUUCAUGCAAUUCAACGAAACCUUCUGGCCCGAAAACACCCAAUACUUCCUCUACGCCGACCCAACCACUCGAGGCUGGUACCCGAUCUUCCAAUCCCUCUCAAUGCCUGAGUUCCUCCCCGGCUCGAAUAUCAUGUUCGUAACAGUAACCAACGAAUUCUCCUGGCGCGCCGAACGCCAAGGCGACGAAAAAACCAAGGCAGAGAUUAUGGAAGUUCUCCGCAAGAUGUGGCCCGAAAAGAACAUCCCCGAACCAACCUCCUUCCUCUUCCCGCGCUGGAGCACCGAGCCCUGGGCGUACGGCAGCUACUCCAACUGGCCACCGUCGACUACCCUGGAAAUGCACGAGAACCUGCGCGCGAACAAUGACCGUCUCUGGUACGCAGGCGAGGCUACUAGCCCGACGUAUUUCGGUUUCUUGCACGGGGCAUGGUUUGAAGGCCAGGACGCCGGUCGCAAUAUUGCGGCUAUUAUGCAGAAGCGUUGUGUGAAUGGUAACUCGACUAAGUUGAGGGAGUGUGGUCCUCGCAGACAUUACGAGACGCUGAAGGGCACUUCGCCGUUGGCGGAUUAUACUGCAGUUAACGGCUGGACUGCUAAUAGUUUCUAUGAUAGUAAUACUGAUUAA